GAAGGGAGGGAAGAAGAAGAGGGGCAAAUAGGCGAUGAACUUGAAGAGACUGCUAUGACACAUUCAGUCUGUAUCAUCGGCGCUGUCUUGUGUGAACUGGGAGUGGGACCACUUACCAUUUACCAAGCAGAAGCAGGCAGUGGUGUUUGUUUUUUAUUGUUUGGUCUUUUACCCUUGAAUGUGCUACAGCAGCUCUUACUGUUGGAUAACAAACGUCUCGGCCUUCUAAAGCAAACAGUAGACCUUUUGACAGUGAAAAGAAUAUUCUGUUUAAAGAUGUUCAAGUGUAGAAAACAAAACAUAGCAACAUAUUUAUUUAUUUAAUUUCUAAAGGAUGUUGAAGAUCUGGCUUGGAUCAGUCAGCGUGUCUUUAAAAACAGCGAAGCCAACAUAACUCCCACGUCUAGUUUACAAAAAGAGCAAACCCUCCCCGCGCUGUGUAACAUUCAGGUAUCAUGAAGACAAAUAUGGGUUUCAGACCAGGUGACUGAAAUGCCUCCAUCCCGUACUUAUUUUUAAGGGCAGGUUGUAUAUCAUGUUAACUUGUGAAUAUUGCUGUAAAGCUUUUCCUGUGAGAAGUAACGUGUAUGGCUCUUCGGGAGUGCUUGUAACAUGAGUGCUAACAUUUUGAGAAGGAAGGAAGUAGCUGCUUGCUGGAGAGCUGUAAUUGGUGUUGUUUGCAGACAGGUGGGAAUUCAGACGGAGCUGAAUUGCACGAUGGUCAUUUCUUUACUAGGAAAACCUUCCUAGUUAGGAGAGCUCCUGGCCGUGGUCGCACUGCAGCACGCAGAACUGAGGUCAGCACGCUGCCCUGGGAGCACUGCCUCUGUCUUCUCUUGGUGGAGGAUUGUUCUGUGUGUGGAUUUGUCAUCUGCCAAGUUCUGCACUUGUUUUAUGGCAAUUAUGUUAUUGUGAAUCUUUAUUGCUUUCUUCUCAGACUCCCAUUGGCUUCAGAGGCAAUUCGAGGGCUUAAGGAAUCCAACCCAUCUUCAUGUUCCUUUUGGUUUGAAUAUUUAUGUUUUUAGUGAAAAAGAUUUUCUGACUUUAUAAUGUUCACUGUGAAUGGAGCUAAGAAAAGCAAGUUAGUCCCCUCCAGCACUUCUGCCAUAACAGAGUGUUUGCUGUGCUGGGUAAUGGGAUUCACAGCAGCCACUCUCAGCCUGGUGGGGUGUUUGUGUUUUGUAUUUCCUUUGUUAAUCUGCAGGGGAACAGGCUGCUUCACGGAGGCUGCUGAGGUGGCUUAGGUAGGCUCCUGCUCCAGAUUUUCUUCUGCAAACCUAUCCUGUCUUGCAAUCCUCAAGCAAGGAGCUUAGAGGGAUUAGUUUCCCCAGGCUGAAGUUGGUCGUUGGUGAAUCUCCUCUCCUAGCCUGCAGCCUUUCCAAGUGCCACAGUCAGCGUGCUUUGGCUGUGUGCUGGUGCUAGCUUUUUGCUAACGGCUCUUGGAGGUAACCCCGAAUGAAAGGAAUUAAUAGUAAGUGUUGCUGGCAUCUGGCUAAAUCGAGCCUUUGAAUUAAUUCUCAAGAACCCUGUCUCUGGGAAACUGCUGACAUAAACCUGCAGGAACGUGGUGACUUCUCAGCCUGAGAAAACAGGCAAGGAAGGCACGUGUGGGAUUUUGGAGCCUGUCUUGCUUCUGGCUGCUGUCCUUCUCACUCUCUAACUUACGCAUGGGGGGGAAAAAAUGUGUGUGCACUUGUGAAGUUACAGAAUACACUACGGUCCCUUGAAGCAGCCGUGGUGCCAAGCAGCUGAUCUGAGCAGGCUGAGCCCUCCUGCAGCCUGUGGGUGUUUGGGGGCGCAGCGGUGCCAGUGCUGCUGGGCUCAGCCGAUGGCACGGAGGGCUGGUGGGGACAUAAAGCACUUCUUGUGGUCCAUGCUACGGUGAAUGUCUGAAACACUAAUCUUGCUUGAAAUAUUUUUUACAGAAAUAUUUACGGAAAGAAUUUUAUUUUUCUGAAGGUUUUGUGUGAGAAAUGUCUCUUUUUGAGCUCUUACUGGGGGUGUUUCACCUCUUUAGGGAUUCCAAACGCAGCCGUUGCUGCGGUGUCUGUAAGGCCUGAUGUGUUUACUUUGUUUUAUUUAUUAGUCUUGGUAGUGUUGAAAUGAUUUUCUCCUGGGAAGUCAGAGCAUUCCGAUGAUUGCAAACGUGUUGUAGUGUGAGUGCACCUCACUCUGUGUCCGUGGGGACAUACUGAGGUGUGCUGAUGCCAGAAGCCUUCACAGCUGUUGGAGAUGGUAGUGAGCAGAACACAGCUGGUGAGCAUUAAUUGCCACGUGAGACCUGCUGCUGUGAUGUACUGUUAUGCUGGAUAGCACAGAAAGGGAAGGUUUGCAAAAGGCUUUAAAGACUUCUGAAAUGCUGUGAAUUGAGGCCUGCUGCUACUCCUGUGCUGUGCCACUCGAUUCCUGCUUAACUUUUUUCUCAAACUUCUUACAGGUGCUCCUUUUUUCCACCAAAAAAAAAAAAAAAAAAGUAAUAAUGAUAGCCAGCAGCUGGGCUUGGACUCAAAAGGGAAAGCAGGAAAUUGGUUUGUAAGCCUGUGCAGCUCAUGAACAAAAGUCAGAACUGGAUGUCGCACUGCUGAAGAGAAGGUGAAUCUUUCUGAAAUCAUAAAGGGUGGUUUGAGAAAGUACCUAAUUCAGAGCAGCUUGAUGGUUGUGCUGAGUUCGUCCUGUGUGCCAAAUGCAGAGCUUUAAAACACGCCUUUUCAACCACAUCCUGGUAAAUGGAGAAGAACGAGAGUGCAGCUCCUUUGUAUGGGGGGGAAAGGAUGCGACAGAUCUGUGUUGUGAUUAGCUGACAUCAGCUGCUGGAUUCCAUCUGUGUGGUCUUGGGAGUGGGGAGCAGUGCUGGGCAGCUUGGCCGUGUGUGCAAAGGCCUGCAGGAAACCCCCAGAGCUGCUGCUGAUGCCAUUGAGGUGUGCAGCCUUCUGUUCCCUGGCUGGGCCGUGCAGUCAUGCUUCUCCCUUACUUCUGUCUUAAUUCUUGGAGGCAGCGCUGUGCUUCAGGUGCACAGCUGUGCAGCCCGCGCUCUCUGUAGUGUGCAGCAUCUGAGCUGCUCUGCUCAGUGAGCAGGACUUUGGUGUUUCCUGGACCCUGUGCUCUGCAGCAUGCACCUUUGUGCAGUGCGGGUGUUCUGCAGAUCGCAGCCAGAUGGUGCAAUGGGCAAUUAGUGCAGUUUCCUGCACACGUGGCACAAGCGUUAGUUAUUGUAGCUUUCAGAUUCAGCAGACUUGUCUUAUCUAUGGACUGUGAGGAUCAAAGGCAUUAUUUGCAGCUCAGGAAGGACGGCAUGAUGAUGGUUUCGUGGGCAAAUUCCCUUCUCUGGUCAUCACCACGGUCUGAGUUUCUUACUAUGGAGUAAUGGGGCUGGAACGUAGGAUUUUGGCCUUUCUUCUAAAACCUUGUUAUCUUUGUUUCAGGAUAGAACGAGAGACACAAUUACUAGAUGUAAUUAACAAUGAGCAUAGAAUCUGUAUAUAUUGAGACUUUACAGAACUAUGGGGUGGGUGGGGGAGGAGGGCGGGAGGGGACGUCCAGCGCUGGUACGAAGUGGUCACUUUAACAUGAAACCUCUGCCUCAUUGAAUUCAGGGUUUAAUGUACUUGAAGCUCUGCAUUCCUUAUCCAGCUUUGUUUAUUUAUACAUCCCUUGUUUUGUGUACGGCAUUGAAGAUGUGUUCACCUCCCUGCUGCCAGCCCUGCUCCCGUGGCACGUGGAGCUCCGCGGUGCCGCCCGGGCAGCGAUGGCCGUUUGUGUUUGGUCUCAGCUUUCCCCCGCCUUACCUUCGUGUAGCAAAAUGGUUUGCACUUCUGAUACACUCCUAUCCUUUGGAUGUACUCACAGUGUUGUUCUAAGGAGGAAAAAAGAAGCCGUUUCCUAUCGUGUCGUGUUGCUGAGCGGCGGAUUCGGGUCCUUGUGCUCCCGUGAGGGGCUCUCACUGCUGGAGAGGGGGAAACGGAGCGGAGAUCUGAGCUUUGCACGGGAGAUGAGUGGGAGUGAAUGGGAAUCAAUCUCCUUUGCACGGGUAAUCAACGUGAGAACAGAAGGGCGCGCAGCACGCGUGGCUCCGUGCCGGCUGUGAGCUUUUGGUCCCUUCUCUGGGCGAAGGUGGGAGCCCCGCACUCACUGCUGUGUGUCCGUUUGGUGCCACUUCUCCCUCCUCAUCGCAGGGGAUGGCAGCGACCGCCUGCGGGGAUCCAUGGGGCCUCCACGGCGUCCUCAGUGCGUGCGCUUUGUUCCCCUGCACCAAACUCUGUGGGUUCUGUGAGAUGUUCUUUGACCGAAAUCACUUUGAGUCUUUACCUGCAGCGCAUCAGCAGUCACCGAAGUCACUGUAGGGCUGGGAAGCCGACCCGGAGCUCCGGGUGCCGUUCUGGGGUGUUACCAUGCAAUGGUUGGUGUUGCCAAACGUGGGCUUUGAGAAAUGCCAUACGGGGGGUUGUGUCGUUCGGCCUGCGUUCUCUUGCAUAGUGUGAAGCCUGUAAAGCUCGGUUACCCUGUACAUAGGUAGCUUAUUGUCAGCCGGUUCUAGCGUACUUAGCCUUGCCUGUAAUAUUUUAGCUUCUUACUGAAUGUGUGUGAUGGUAGGACAUAUAAUUUUUGUACAUUAUAUUUACUGAGAUGUUGCCUUUUUUAUUUUACAAAUACUUUGGAAUUCAGAUGUGUUUUUGCUUCCGUGAGGAUUCAUUUGGAAAGGUUUUUAAAUGACAUUCCACCGAUUUGAACUUUUGCUUGAGGUUGACUUCAAUAAAUCGUUCUGAAUGUUCCAACGCCGGCCGCCUCCCCCCUUUCUUCCGGGGCCGGGAUUCGAACUCGCGGCGCCGCACUCUGUCCCGGGGCGGGGUCACGCGGUGGGCGCCAUGCGGCGGGCGGGCGCGGCGGGGCUGGCGGCGGAGGCGGCGGUGCGGGCGGCGUUGGCGGCGGUGUGUGCGGCGAUGGAGCUGCUGCCGCCCUUCCAGCGCGUGGUGCAGCCCGAGGAGAUGUGGCUCUAUCGCAACCCGUACGUGGAGGCGGAUCGCGUUCCCACGGCGCCGAUGUUCUUCAUUGCAUUCCUGUCUCCAGUGCUGCUCAUCAUCCUGGCCCGGCUGUUCCUGGGUGCUGACCACGAGGACACGCGGGAGGCGUCCCUGGCUGCCAGCCUUGCUCUCGUCCUCAACGGGGUCUUCACCAACACCCUGAAGCUCGUGGUGGGCAGGCCACGGCCAGACUUCUUCUAUCGCUGCUUCCCGGACGGACGGGUGAACGCAGAGCUGACCUGCACGGGUGACCCCGGCGUGGUGGCUGAGGGACGCAAAAGCUUUCCCAGCGGGCACUCCUCCUUCGCCUUUGCUGGCCUGGCCUUCUGUGCCUUCUACCUGGCCGGGAAGCUGCACUGCUUUGCUCCUGGCCGGCGAGGCUCAGCGCUGCAGCUCUGUGCUUUCCUCCUCCCCCUGUUCAUCGCCACGCUCAUCGCCGUUUCCCGCACCUGUGACUACAAGCACCACUGGCAAGAUGUGCUGGUUGGCUCGGCAAUGGGCUUUGUGCUGGCGUACCUCUGCUACAGGCAGUACUACCCUCCUCUGAUGGACUCCGUGUGCCACAAACCAUUCCUGUCUAUCUCUAAACAACUGCCAGCACACCAAGAAAAGCCUGCGGCUUCCAGCUUUCACCUGGACAUUUAGUGAUGAUCUGUGUCCUGCUGGCACCUCUCCUUCUGCACCAUGAGUGUCAGGGCAGGGGAAGGCUGGCCAUGGCACACAGGAUGUGUCUUAGGUGGUAAGCUGCCCUGCUCAGUGGGUGUGUGUGGCUUCAUUUCAAUGAGUUCUGUAGGUGUCCCUUCCUUUGGACCUGCUGGGAAGUGAGCUGAGCUUCAGCACGUGAGCCUGCAGGACAGCCUGGCUUCAGAAGGUCCUGCACUGAAAACUGGAAAAAUGUGAUAUGUGCCAUGGCUGUGGGUGUCCCCGGGUUGGUCCACAACGAAGCACAGUCAGAGGUCUCCCUUCAGUGCAGCUGAGCUGCCCCAUCCCUUCCCAUGGGAUGCGUGUGUCAAAGUGAAGGGCAGGGCCUGUUGUGGUGCUGGGAUUAAAUGCAUCUCAUCAGUCAGAGGUGAACUAAUUUGGAGCAAUGAAUGCAAAGCUACAGCCUUUGACCGUGGAUUGAGUGGGGGAGACCGAAGAUGCAACUCACAUGAUUGUUAUUUGUGUUACUGUGCUGGCUCUUUUCUCUUCCUAAUUUGGCAAAUAAAGGAGUUUAAAUUUAAAAUGA